UAACUGGUGGAUGGCCUGCGUCUGAUGGAGCGCUGUGCAUUUACUUGAGGUUUUGGAGUUGGCCGCUGAGCUGCUACCGUCCUUCAUCAUCUCUGUCUCUUGUCUGCCACCGCCAGCCGCUCACCUACUGCAAUCCUCCUCUUCCUCUUCCGGCCUCUUAACACUUACCUCUGUGCGCGCGCGCGCGUGUGUGAAGCCAAGGAAACCAAUUCAUGGAAUUGAAGAAGGAGACGCUCCGGCGCAGAAGCAGCACGACUCAAUCUCAAGAACCCGAGAAGGAAGAAAUUAAAGUACCGACUUCUUCGAAUGUAUAAGCCACGACAGAUUCGUUAGCAGACCCCAAAGCGACGCUACUACUUCCCCUUCGUCCGUCUUUGAUGGAGGAGGGCAACCGCGACUGCUACAAGCAGCAUUGUCAGCGACGGUGCACCGGAGAGCUGAUAGAGGUCCCCGGGGGCCAUAUUGUUCGGUCCACAGGGCGGAAGGACCGGCACAGCAAGGUGUACACCGCCAAAGGCGUGAGGGACCGGCGCGUCCGCCUCGCCGCCCACACCGCCAUCCAGUUCUACGACGUCCAGGAUCGCCUCGGCUACGACCGCCCCAGUAAGGCCGUCGACUGGCUCAUGCAGAAUGCCAAGACCGCCAUAGACCAGCUCGCGGACCUUUCCCGCCGCCACCAACCCGUCGACCGAUGCGUCAUCCAUGAGCUUCCCCUGCAAGACACCUCCGUCGGUCACGAUUCAAUCGAGCUGCCCAUGUCCGACGCAGGAGCAGUUGCGUCCGUGGGCUAUGGUUUCGGCAGCAGCAGUGGUAGCUUAAUCCCUCCUUCGCUAGAUGGUGAUGCCAUCGACGAUCUCGUCAAGCCUUUCCCGACCGUCACAGCCACUGCAUCGUCGCCUUCAAGCCACGGGAUGACGUACCACGAUUACACACCCGACCUACUCUUGCACGCCUGCGGCCGACCUCAAGACCUUCGUCUCUCUCUCCAGUCCUUCCACGACCCAACCUUUCGAGAUCACCACCACCAGAGUCCUGAAUCAACCCAGCACUUCUUUUGCUCUGGCACAACCAACUUGGCUCACGCCACCACUUGGGCGACGUGUCCCGUGAAUAAGGAGAGACUGGGAUGGUGGAAUGCGGCCGAUGGCAGCGGCGCCGGAGAGUUCUCGUACAAUGGCGCACUGCCACCGGAGUCAGCGGCGCCGCGUCUGGUCAACGCCCAAGUCCAGCAUUGCACUCGGAGGGAACCCCUUGGGUCCGGUAAUCUGCCUUCCCUUCGUGCUUGGACGAGCCCUACAGCGUUCCAUCCGUCACUGGCAUCAGCCGCGGCCGAUGUGUUCACGUCCGAAAGCUACGCCGGUUUCUCCGGAUUCCAUAUUCCAGAACGAGUUCAGGGAGAAGAGCCGCAUAAUGCCAUUGCCAACGACCUACAGUCUGCUUCCUCUGCUUCUCGCCAAUGGCAGAAAUGGAAAGAGAACAAUCAAUGAGUCCAAUCAUCCGCACGAAGUAGCUGCAUCCCAACAAAAUUUCGAGCACAGUUUCUUUCAUCUUCCCGUUACUACUGUUGUUUGGUUUCUUUCUCUAAACUUGGCGGAGGAGGAGGAGGCAAAGAUUCAGCAAGGCACUGUAGCACCUACUGAUGACGGCAGGGCAUGAAAUGUCUUCUUGUUUAUGAUUGGAACCGAGUGGUCUCCGUCCUGCGUCCGACGCUAUAUCAUGCCUCGUGAUGUGUAAAAAAAGAAAAAGUAGCCAGAGGACCUCUCUUUAACUUCCUCAGACCACCACAAAGGAUUACAGUAAUGUCUUCCAUGAUUGCAGGUCCUGUCCCAUGUCGAGAUCCCGAUCGAGUACGAGUCUCUCUUCCAGCGAAAGGGAAAAGGAAGAGAGAUAGCAUGGUACUACUGCGUUUGAGUGAUGCUUCCUGGAAUUCUUGCUGUGCCACCCUGUCGAGGAAUCUUGACGCCAAUAGGCCGAUCAUUCUUAUCAUGCGAGAGUAUUGCCUCCUAUCCUUUCUGUGUUGCGCAGACGGGGGUGAGGACCCAACCACGGCAUCUUUUUCCCUUCCUCAAUGAAUAUAUUGGGCGUAAUAAUAGAGCAGCGCCGAGCCUUUGACAAAGAGAUCGAUAUGUCCUUAUCGCCAAUCCAUCACUGCUGUUGUGUGUAUUCUUUCUGAUUGAUGCUUUUCAUGUUAGAUUAUGGGUUUAUAUUGUAUAGUUAUUUUAAGAUUUCUUAAAAGAUUCUAUUGAUCUCUAUUCUAACA